ACUAUUAAAUAAGGUGGAGUACGCACACAAAUGACCAAACCAACCGGUUCCUUCUGACGCAGGCGAGGUCAACAGAAACGGAUUACAUGUAAGAGCUCUUGGACGAAUUUGUACAGUACGAGCCUCGGAGAGCGUCAAUAUGGCUUUUCUACAACUAAUAGCGGUUACCUUACUGGCUGUGGCGUUUUGUGAAGAUGUCCCUCAAGGACAAGCAUCGGACGGUCCUACGUUUUUGCAGAGGGAAAAUUAUCUUCUGAAGUUACUUCUUGGGCACAAGGAUCUGAAAUGGAAUGGAAACGAGGUGAACGGAGUGCGUACAGUCAUCGAGGACAUCCGAGCUGGGAAGGACCCAAAAGCCGAAGACCCAGCUACAAAAAUGGAACUGGCGUUGGCAUACCGGAAUCUUCUGAAAGAAAACCCAUUCCGUGAGGAACAAAUAAAAGAAGAAUUCCGCCAAAACCUCGGAUCAGACAUUGCUCAACAACUCUUUGAUGUGGGCGAACAAAUCAUGGAGGCUGAAUUGGAAGCAAAGGACCAAUUUCAACGUGAUUUCAACAUGAACUACCACGAGAAAAAUGCUCUCCAAAAACUUGAGAAGGACGUUGUUGCCGGAAAGGAUCCACUCCAUGAAAGCCCUAAGAUCAUGAGGAGAAUCAACAAGGACGGGAGGAAGCUGUUUAAUUUAACACCAGAGGACCAGGACACAGAGAAAGCACUACUUACAGCGACCUACGGAGAAGAAACUGCACAGCAGAUCCUUGACGCCAUCAAGGUUAUUCGCGAGGAAGUCCAGGCAAAAGCAAGUGCUGACGCAGACGCGGAAGAGGCUAUGAAGGCGGAAAUCGGGGGCUAGGCAAGGCUGAACAUGUCUGUCCACAAACGCUUCUACACCUUCAAGAAUUGCUUUGAAUUCGAAAAAUUCGAAUACACAAAUCUUUUGUAAGCAAAACCUCGUGGUUACAAUGCAAUGCUUGUAAAACAUAUAUUGUACUUGUGCCAUGAAAAUAGUAAAUGUAUUUUGUAGAUAUGUAAUUUGGUAUCGACGCUGCAUAACAGUUGUAGACAAAUCAAUCACCUAACUCCGUGGCGCUUUGUAUCACUACGUUCUUGCUUCACAUCAUUAGACUAUUAGUAAUAGCAUGUAUACAACAGAUCUGUCUAACUGAACACUGCAGAGCUACAUAAAAUGGACAGUAAAUUCGUCCUACCUUCUACCUAUUCCAGCUUGUUUCUCUUAUACAUAUAGAAAUGUAUUCUGUCUUGCUACACUGCUGCUAGAUAUAAGAAUUAUAUCCAGACUUAUGUGUUUCUUACAUUGUAUAAUCAAGCAUUGCCUUCCAGUGUAGAUUUCGUUGUUACAUUCAUUCCCUUGAUGUUAUUCUAUUAAAAGAUCUGUGAAA